AGAAGCUUAUGGAAGAAAAGGAGUUUGUUUCGUUCUCCGUAAAGCAAACCCACUGACAUUUACGUACCUUACCUCCCCUUUAAACUCAAUCUCUUUCUCACUAAGUUUUGCAUCAUUUCUCUCCUUGGCCAGCAAGAAAACUAGUUCCAUUCCCAGCCCCUACAUACGCCUCUUUUUCCGAUUUGUAUUGGAAGAGAAGUUCUCAAACAUUCAAAAUCGUCUCUUCGAGAGUGAAUUAGAGAAAGAAAUAGUGAAAUGAGUGCAGAUUGGGGACCGGUCAUUAUUGCGGUGGGUUUGUUCAUCCUUUUGUCGCCAGGGUUACUGUUCCAGUUGCCAUCAAGGAUUAGAGUGAUAGAGUUUGGUAACAUGUGCACAAGUGGGAUAGCCAUCCUGGUUCAUGCCGUAAUUUACUUCUGCAUAAUUACUAUCUUGAUCAUCGCAAUUGGGGUUCACAUACAUGUUAAAUAAUCCAAACUCUCAAGAAAAGGGUAGCUCUUUUUUUUUUUUUUCCCUUUGUCUCUUUAAUUUGUUUUCCUUAGAUGGAGCUCAUGUUCUACCUUCUUUCUUGUUGUCAAUCUAAUGUCCAUUAUGUCUUGGGAACUUUUCCUAUUAUAUUCUAUUCCUAUGAGAUUCUUUACGGAUUCUAGCCAAAUGAAAGCUCAACAUUAUUUAUUUGCAAAUUACCAGACAAAAAAAGGGGCGAGUGCCCUUUAGAUUGCCUUUGACAGUGUCGGCAAAGACCAUGGAAAAAAAAGAAUAGAGUCAGAAGUCAGACCCCCUUGCCUUACGGCCCCCAUGUU